AUGGGCACUGUUCAAGAAGCUAUUCACCAUGGCAUAAUUGCCGCCGAUUUUCUUUGGACCACGAAACGAGUUGUCCAGGCUAUCGAGCUGUGGAACGAGUGCUUAACACUACUAAACAACAAAAUCUUAGAAAACGAACAUGAACUUGCCACAAUAGUGCGUAUAGCGCUGAACAAGAGGCUGUUUUAUGGAAAUGCUGCUAUUACGAAACUUUCACCAGCUAUAGAAUCUGGCAAAAAGCUUUUAGUCCAACUUCGUAAUCUUAGGAGAAAAAAAAAAGAAGGUAACACAGCCUUGAUGUUAUCAAAACUGUACUUUCAAAAAAGUGAAUACCAGGAAGCACAAGCAGUCCUCAAAAUUGCACUCUGCGUUUACAAAGAAAUCGAAGACAAAGACGGACAAGCGUCAUGCUACGGAAACCUAGGAAAUGUGUUUAAAUCUGUCGGAGAAUAUGCCAAGGCUGAAGAAUAUCUUCAUAAAGCACUUACCAUCAACACACAAAUUGGCGACAGAAACGGAGAAGCGGAAUGCUACGUAAACCUAGGAAAUGUGUUUCGUUCUGUCGGAGAAUAUGCCAAGGCUGAAGAAUAUCUUCAUAAAGCACUUACCAUCAAGAAAGAAAUUGGCGACAGAAACGGAGAAGCGACAUGCUACGGAAACCUAGGAAAUGUGUUUCUAUCUGGCGGGGAAUAUGCCAAGGCUGAAGAAUAUCUUCAUAAAGCACUUACCAUCAACACACAAAUUGGCGACAGAAAGGGAGAAGCGACAUGCUACGUAAACCUAGGAAAUGUGUUUGGUUCUGUCGGAGAAUAUGCCAAGGCUGAAGAAUAUCUUCAUAAAGCACUUACCAUCAAGACAGAAAUUGGCGACAGAAACGGAGAAGCGACAUGCUACGUAAACCUAGGAAUUGUGUUUGGUUCACUCGGAGAAUAUGGCAAGGCUGAAGAAUAUCUUCAUAAAGCACUUACCAUCAACACACAAAUUGGCGACAGAAAGGGAGAAGCGACAUGCUACGUAAACCUAGGAAAUGUGUUUCGUUCUGUCGGAGAAUAUGCCAAGGCUGAAGAAUAUCUUCAUAAAGCACUUACCAUCAACACAGAAAUUGGCGACAGAAACGGAGAAGCGACAUGCUACGGAAACCUAGGAAAUGUGUUUCUAUCUGUCGGGGAAUAUGCCAAGGCUGAAGAAUAUCUUCAUAAAGCACUUACCAUCAACACACAAAUUGGCGACAGAAACGGAGAAGCGACAUGCUACGUAAACCUAGGAAAUGUGUUUGGUUGUGUCGGAGAAUAUGCCAAGGCUGAAGAAUAUCUUCAUAAAGCACUUACCAUCAAGAGAGAAAUUGGCGACAGAAACGGAGAAGCGUCAUGCUACGGAAACCUAGGAAAUGUGUUUCGUUCUGUGGGAGAAUAUGCCAAGGCUGAAGAAUAUCUUCAUAAAGCACUUACCAUCAAGACAGAAAUUGGCGACAGAAACGGAGAAGCGGAAUGCUACGCAAACCUAGCAGCUGGAUUUCUAUCUGUCGGAGAAUAUCCCAAAGCUGAAGAAUAUCUUCAUAAAGCACUUACCAUCAACACAGAAAUUGGCGACAGAAACGGAGAACCGACAUGCUACGGAAACCUAGGAAAUGUGUUUAAAUCUGUCGGAGAGUAUGCCAAGGCUGAAGAAUAUCUUCAUAAAGCACUUACCAUCAAGACAGAAAUUGGCGACAGAAACGGAGAAGCGUCAUGCUACGGAAACCUAGGAAAUGUGUUUCGUUCUGUCGGAGAAUAUGCCAAGGCUGAAGAAUAUCUUCAUACAGCACUUAAAAUCAUGACAGAAAUUGGGGACAGAAACAGAGAAGCGUCAUGCUACGUAAACCUAGGAAUUGUGUUUGGUUCACUCGGAGAAUAUGCCAAGGCUGAAGAAUAUCUUCAUAAAGCACUUACCAUCAACACACAAAUUGGCGACAGAAAGGGAGAAGCGACAUGCUACGUAAACCUAGGAAAUCUGUUUGGUUGUGUCGGAGAAUAUGCCAAGGCUGAAGAAUAUCUUCAUAAAGCACUUACCAUCAAGACAGAAAUUGGCGACAGAAACGGAGAAGCGACAUGCUACGUAAACCUAGGAAUUGUGUUUGGUUCACUCGGAGAAUAUGGCAAGGCUGAAGAAUAUCUUCAUAAAGCACUUACCAUCAACACACAAAUUGGCGACAGAAAGGGAGAAGCGACAUGCUACGUAAACCUAGGAAAAGUGUUUCGUUCUGUCGGGGAAUAUGCCAAGGCUGAAGAAUAUCUUCAUAAAGCACUUACCAUCAAGACAGAAAUUGGCGACAGAAACGGAGAAGCGUCAUGCUACGGAAACCUAGGAAAUGUGUUUGGUUCUGUGGGAGAAUAUGCCAAGGCUGAAGAAUAUCUUCAUAAAGCACUUACCAUCAAGACAGAAAUUGGCGACAGAAACGGAGAAGCGACAUGCUACGGAAACCUAGGAAAUGUGUUUCUAUCCGUCGGGGAAUAUGCCAAGGCUGAAGAAUAUCUUCAUAAAGCACUUACCAUCAACACACAAAUUGGCGACAGAAAGGGAGAAGCGACAUGCUACGUAAACCUAGGAAAUGUGCUUGGUUCUGUGGGAGAAUAUGGCAAGGCUGAAGAAUAUCUUCAUAAAGCACUUACCAUCAACACACAAAUUGGCGACAGAAACGGAGAAGCGACAUGCUACGGAAACCUAGGAAAUGUGUUUCUAUCUGUCGGGGAAUAUGCCAAGGCUGAAGAAUAUCUUCAUAAAGCACUUACCAUCAACACACAAAUUGGCGACAGAAAGGGAGAAGCGACAUGCUACGUAAACCUAGGAAAUGUGCUUGGUUCUGUCGGAGAAUAUGCCAAGGCUGAAGAAUAUCUUCAUAAAGCACUUACCAUCAAGAAAGAAAUUGGCGACAGAAACGGAGAAGCGACAUGCUACGUAAACCUAGGAAUUGUGUUUGGUUCACUCGGAGAAUAUGGCAAGGCUGAAGAAUAUCUUUAUAAAGCAGUUACCAUCAACACACAAAUUGGCGACAGAAAGGGAGAAGCGACAUGCUACUUAAACCUAGGAAAUGUGUUUCGUUCUGUCGGAGAAUAUGCCAAGGCUGAAGAAUAUCUUCAUAAAGCAUUUACCAUCAAGACAGAAAUUGGCGACAGAAACAGAGAAGCGACAUCCUACGGAAACCUAGGAAAUGUGUUUCUAUCUGUCGGGGAAUAUGCCAAGGCUGAAGAAUAUCUUCAGAAAGCAUUUACCAUCAACACACAAAUUGGCGACAGAAAGGGAGAAGCGACAUGCUACGUAAACCUAGGAAAUGUGUUUGGUUCUGUCGGAGAAUAUGCCAAGGCUGAAGAAUAUCUUCAUAAAGCACCUACCAUCAAGACAGAAAUUGGCGACAGAAACGGAGAAGCGUCAUGCUACGGAAACCUAGGAAAUGUGUUUCGUUCUGUCAGAGAAUAUGCCAAGGCUGAAGAAUAUCUUCAUAAAGCACUUACCAUAAAGACAGAAAUUGGCGACAGAAACGGAGAAGCGUCAUGCUACGUAAACCUAGGAAAUGUGUUUGGUUCUGUGGGAGAAUAUGCCAAGGCUGAAGAAUAUCUUCAUAAAGCACUUACCAUCAAGACAGAAAUUGGCGACAGAAACGGAGAAGCGGAAUUCUACGCAAACCUAGCAGCUGGAUUUCUAUCUGUCGGAGAAUAUGCCAAAGCUGAAGAAUAUCUUCAUAAAGCACUUACCAUCAACACAGAAAUUGGCGACAGAAACAGAGAAGCGACAUGCUACGGAAACCUAGGAAAUGUGUUUAAAUCUGUCGGAGAAUAUGCCAAGGCUGAAGAAUAUCUUCAUAAAGCACUUACCAUCUAGACAGAAAUUGGCGACAGAAAAGGAGAAGCGUCAUGCUACGGAAACCUAGGAAAUGUGUUUCGUUCUGUCGGAGAAUAUGCCAAGGCUGAAGAAUAUCUUCAUAAAGCACUUACCAUAAAGACAGAAAUUGGCGACAGAAACAGAGAAGCGUCAUGCUACGUAAACCUAGGAAUUGUGUUUGGUUCACUCGGAGAAUAUGCCAAGGCUGAAGAAUAUCUUCAUAAAGCACUUACCAUCAACACAGAAAUUGGCGACAGAAACGGAGAAGCGUCAUGCUACGUAAACCUAGGAAAUGUAUUUGAAUCUGUCGGAGAAUAUGCCAAGGCUGAAGAAUAUCUUCAUAAAGCACUUACCAUCAAGACAGAAAUUGGCGACAGAAACGGAGAAGCGACAUGCUACGUAAACCUAGGAAUUGUGUUUGGUUCACUCGGAGAAUAUGGCAAGCCUGAAGAAUAUCUUCAUAAAGCACUUACCAUCAACACACAAAUUGGCGACAGAAAGGAAGAAGCGACAUGCUACGUAAACCUAGGAAAUGUGUUUCGUUCUGUCGGGGAAUAUGCCAAGGCUGAAGAAUAUCUUCAUAAAGCACUUACCAUCAACACACAAAUUGGCGACAGAAAGGGAGAAGCGACAUGCUACGUAAACCUAGGAAAUGAGUUUGGUUCUGUGGGAGAAUAUGCCAAGGCUGAAGAAUAUCUUCAUAAAGCACUUACCAUCAAGACAGAAAUUGGCGACAGAAACGGAGAAGCGGAAUGCUACGCAAACCUAGCAGCUGGAUUUCUAUCUGUCGGAGAAUAUGCCAAAGCUGAAGAAUAUCUUCAUAAAGCACUUACCAUCAAGACAGAAAUUGGCGACAGAAACGGAGAAGCGUCAUGCUACGGAAACCUAGGAAAUGUGUUUGGUUCUGUGGGAGAAUAUGCCAAGGCUGAAGAAUAUCUUCAUAAAGCACUUACCAUCAACACACAAAUUGGCGACAGAAACGGAGAAGCGACAUGCUACGUAAACCUAGGAAUUGUGUUACGUUCUGUCGGGGAAUAUGGCAAGGCUGAAGAAUAUGUUCAUAAAGCACUUACCAUCAACACACAAAUUGGGGACAGAAACGGAGAAGCGUCAUGCUACGUAAGCCUAGGAACUGUGUUUCUUUCUGUCGGAGAAUAUGCCAAGGCUGAAGAAUAUCUUCAUAAAGCACUUACCAUCAACAAAGAAAUUGGCGACAGAAACGGAGAAGCGUCAUGCUACGGAAACCUAGGAAUUGUGUUUCGUUCUGUCGGGGAAUAUGCCAAGGCUGAAGAAUAUCAUCAUAAAGCACUUACCAUCAAGACACAAAUUGGCGACAGAAACGGAGAAGCGACAUGCUACGUAAGCCUAGGAAAUGUGUUUCUUUCUGUCGGAGAAUAUGCCAAGGCUGAAGAAUAUCUUCAUAAAGCACUUACCAUCAACACACAAAUUGGCGACAGAAACGGAGAGGGGACAUGCUACGUAAGCCUAGGAAUUGUGUUUGGUUCACUCGGAGAAUAUGGCAAGGCUGAAGAAUAUCUUCAUAAAGCACUUACCAUCAACACACAAAUUGGCGACAGAAACGGAGAAGCGACAUGCUACGUAAACCUAGGAAUUGUGUUUCGUUCUGUCAGAGAAUAUGCCAAGGCUGAAGAAUAUGUUCAUAAAGCACUUACCAUCAACACAGAAAUUGGCGACAGAAACGGAGAAGCGACAUGCUACGUAAACCUAGGAAAUGUGUUUCUAUCUGUCGGGGAAUAUGCCAAGGCUGAAGAAUAUCUUCAUAAAGCACUUACCAUCAACACACAAAUUGGCGACAGAAACGGAGAAGCGACAUGCUACGAAAACCUAGGAAAUGUGUUUGGUUCUGUCGGAGAAUAUGCCAAGGCUGAAGAAUAUGUUCAUAAAGCACUUACCAUCAACACACAAAUUGGCGACAGAAACGGAGAAGCGUCAUGCUACGGACACCUAGGAGCUCUGUUUGUACAUGUAGGAGAAUAUGGCAACGCUGAAGAAAAUGUUCAUACAGCACUUACCACCAACACAGAAAUUGGCGACAAAGACGGAGAAGCGUCUCGCUACCUAAAGCUAGGAAACACAUCUCAAGCCUUAUCGGAUCUCUGGUCAAGCAUUCAAAUUUACGAAAAAAUGCUUACUUCUCUAGGAAGCAAAGAUAGCCACAAUAUAUCAUUUUUUGACAAGAACGCGUCUCCCUAUCGGCUGUUUUGUUCAUUGAGUUGUUUUUGUGGGAAACCCUAUGAAGCUUUACACGCUGCUGAACUUGGACGGGCCAGAGCUCUAGCAGAACUUAUGUCAAAUCGCUACUCCAUUGAAAAAGAAAUAUCCAUCAACCCACAAUCGUUUGUUGGCAUCGCGGAAGUAAUUAAGAAAAAUGGCAACAGCACCUGCCUCUACAUCUCCUAUGACUACGAUGACAAUAUAUUUUUGUGGGUUUUGAAACAAAACAAACCGGUAGCUUUCCGAAGAACGAAACUUUGUGAAAGCUAUGUUAGCAAGCAUGGCAAAAUCUCUGUGUAUGACCUGUUUGGAAACGAAAGCUUAUUAAGAAAAUUUCACGUUUUACCUCAAGAGCAAUGCGAAGACCGAUCACUCUUCUCCUCAUUCGCCAACCAACUUACAAACGGAUCAAAUCUGGAAGAUAGUCUCUCAACCUUGCGUCCUCUUUUAGAUGAGGGAGAAGUAUACACGGACCCUGAACCGCCAACACUUUUUCAGGUUUACAACAUGUUGAUUGCUCCCGUGAGUGACUUGCUAGAAGGAUCUGAAAUCAUUGUUGUUCCUGAUCGCUACUUCUUCCAAGUUCCGUUUGCAGCAUUACACGAUGAAAGUAGCCGCUAUUUAUCAGAUUCUUUCAGGGUACGAAUUGUCCCUUCUUUGACGACUCUCAAGCUCAUUCUGGACAGUCCAGCCGACUCUCACAGCGAAACUGGUGCAUUGAUUGUGGGUGAGCCAAGAGUGACGGAUGUCUAUUUCAAGGGAGUGUUAAGGUAUCUCUGUCCAUUGCCUGGCGCGAAAGGGGAAGCAGAGAUGAUUGCGAGACUACUACCUGAAUCUCACCUUUUAAUAGGAGAGCAAGCAACAAAGCAGGCGGUUCUUCAGAGAAUACCCUCAGUGAGCCUCGUACAUUUCGCGGCUCAUGGUGAUGCCGAAAGAGGAGAAAUUGCUCUUACCCCCGCUGACUCCACAGUGGAGUUUCCACACGAAGCAGACUACUUACUGUCAAUGACCGACAUUUCACAAGUUAGACUGUCAGCCAAACUGGUGGUCCUUAGUUGUUGCCAUACCGCACGUGGACAGAUCAAAACAGAGGGCGUUGUUGGAAUCGCUCGAGCAUUCUUAGGAUCGGGUGCACGCUCAGUGUUGGUGGCAUUGUGGGCCUUACAAGACAGAGCAACAGAGGAGUUCAUGGGAAGAUUCUACGAAAACCUUGUCCAAGGGAAAAGUGCAAGCGAAAGUCUUCACCGGGCCAUGAAGUGGAUGCGAAAUAACGGUUUCUCAGAAGUGAGGCAGUGGGCACCUUUCAUGCUGAUUGGGGAUGACGUGUCAUUUCACUUUGGUGAAGAAAAGUGAAGGUAAUUGUUUCCUGACAAUUAGAGCCAUAGGAAGUCUGUCAGGUCUUUUUGUAUUACAGUUUUAUCAACUUGGGUGCAUUUGGUACUUUUAAGUACCAAAUAGAAAGCAGUAUUUACCCUUAAAAGCCACAUUAUUGACUACAUCUGAAGUUAGCUUUUACUAUGACUGAGGUAAAAUAUCAAUUAACCGCUUUUUAACAUUCGACCACACCUCUGUACUUAUCAGUCAACCCGUGUAUAUGCGAGACUUUGCAUUUGAAAAAAAAAAAAAAACCACCAAGCCCCGAAUCCCUACAACAACACAGAAUGAUUUAAUUCUUUUCUCUCUUUUCUGAUACAUGAGGCACAAAUAAUUCAAUAUUCUUUUAUUUGCUACGGUUCAAUAUGAUCGUGAGGUUUUGCUGACAAACUUUUUUCUUUCUGAAUAUAAUAGGAAGAGAAUUCCAGUUAUGAAUCCGAACCAAACAGCCCAGGGAAGGUUUUUGUUUGAUAUAAAGAUAAUCGGAUCAAAAAUAUUAUGGCGGAGAUCUAGAUCUCAGAAUUGAUCGAAAACACUGCAAAGUACGAAUUAUGGACUGUGUAUGGAGUCUUGACCGUAACUAGAGGGCUUUUCGCUGACACUGACUGAAUUACACAAGUAUACUGGUUCUAAACUUGGACCAAAGAGGGAAGACCGAGAUUCCAUAGGUCAUCAAGGCAAGAAGUUUCAAACCUAUUUUAGCUGUGCACCCUACAUUUCAUUUCUGAUGCCAAUUGAUUGGAAAGUUCUAGCGGUGAGAUAAACUCAAAUAAGUAAACCUCUUCCGCCACGAUAAAGCCGGAGGAUCCCUCCCCCAUGUAAAAUGAACCUAAAUUCCGCUUAGCCCAGCUGGAGUCUUUUGUGUUGAGUAGAUGUGUUUUAUUAAUUUUUAUGUUUCUUAUACAUUACUGUUGCAGGUAUUACACUAACGACACACCAUGGAAUAACGAAACAGCCCUUCCGCAGAAUUCCAAUGAGGUAGUCCCUGGCGGAUAAUGUAAAGGAUCAAUCUCUGCAGCAUACGAACAUUGAUUAAAAGAAUUACUGUGAAAGAGAACUGACUUGCUUGGCCCAGCGGUUUAUCUUUGCCGGCUUAAUUAUUUUUCCCACUAAUCUUAUUUUGUGUGUGUGUGUAGGUACC